GCGGCUCCGGAAGUGGCGGGGAGGCGGCCAUGGCGCUGGACCGGCGGUGGCCGCUGGCGCUCGCCCGCGGCGCCGUCCCGGUGGCGCUGGGGCUGCUGCUGUGGGUGGCGAUCGCGGGCGGCGAGCAGGAGCGGCACAACACGCUGAAGGGCCAGCCCGGCGCGGACGCCGCGAGUUUGGCGCAGCGGCGGCGCCACAACGAGCUGAUCAUGGCGACGCUGCGCGAGGCGGCCGAGACCGACGACAACGUGGCGCAUCGGGCCGUGCCGUGGCGGAAGUGACGUCAGCACCGGGAGCUCUCCCACCCGCCUUUUCCCGGUGUCCCGCCCUUUCUCCCGGAACCAUCAGCGCAGGGCGCGGUUGCGCACGGAACUAUUUUUGCGCGGUUGCACCCGGAGUGCUAUAAAUGACGGACACGUCCA